AUGAUCAGGAAAGUGACGAAAAAACGUGUUCUCUGCGGCUAUGGAGUCGACAUUGAUGCCGUAGCAGGAUGGCUAGGCUCUUAUGGUGGAGAAGACUCGACGUCGGAUAUCAGUAGAGGACUAUUCGCUGGUACAAUUGGUGUUCGUCGUCUCCUCAAGCUUUUUGAGAAGAACAAUAUGAAGGCUACUUGGUUUAUACCGGGACAUUCCCUUGAGACCUUUCCUGAAGAAUGUGCUAUGGUUCGUGAUGCGGGACAUGAGAUUGGCCUCCAUGGAUACUCCCAUGAAAAUCCUGUUGAUAUGACGCUUGAACAGCAACGAGAUGUGCUUGAUAAGACCUACAGGUUGUUGACGGAUUUCUGUGGGAAACCUCCGAGGGGAAGUACAGCUCCUUGGUGGGAGACAAGUAAAGAAGGGGCGGAACUUCUGUUGAGCUAUGGUAUCGAAUAUGAUCAUAGUAUGAGCCAUGACGAUUGUCAAAUGUAUUGGUUGAGGCUCGGAGAUACUUGGACAAAGAUUGAUUAUAGUAAGAAGGCAGAAGAGUGGAUGAAGCCGCUUGUCAAGGGUGUACCAUCUGGUAUUGUGGAAAUUCCAGCUUCAUGGUACAUCGACGAUCUACCUCCCAUGAUGUUUAUCAAAAAAUCUCCUAAUAGCCAUGGAUGGGUGGACCCAAAAGUCGUGGAGCAGAUGUGGCUAGAUCAUUUCGACUACUUUUACGAGAACUACGAUGAAUUUGUGUUCCCUAUGACUAUUCAUCCUGAUGUCUCAGGACGGCCACAUGCUCUGAAGAUGCAACAAAGGAUCAUUGAUCAUAUCAACAAACAUGAUGGGGUUGAAUGGGUCACAUUUGAGCAAAUGUCUGAUGAAUUCAAAAGCAAAAAUAAACCCGAAGCAGGUGCAAUGAUGCCAGCACCCCCAGGAGAAAUUUUAAAGAGAUCAGAAAAGUGUGAAGAGAGCUGA